AUGCCGUGGGGAGACCCAAACUAUGUAUCUCGAAACUUCAUUUCGCACCUCGAAUUGCGGCACCGCUGUGAUUACGCUGUUCUGACCGACUUCGAUGUUGAUGAAGAGGCGGAGCCAUUUGCAUCCCUUCACAGGUUGCGAGCCUACAGAACAGAAAAGAGAAACAGGAAUAGUUGUGAGAUGCGGUACCGGUUAUUGCCCCUUUGGGCAAGCAUUCUGACACAUGUUGUGCAAGAUUUCUUGCACGGUCAGCAGUUCAGUUCGGUCAACCCCUGA